AUGAGUGGUGUUGGAUAUAUUGGGUCUAAGAUCAGCCUCAUAUCAAAGUCUGACAUUCGUUAUGUGGGCAUAUUGCAUAGCAUCAAUUCAGCCGAUUCAACCGUAGCUCUUGAACAAGUUCGUUCUUAUGGAACGGAGGGCCGCCGAGGAAGUCCUGCAGAGGAAAUUCCUCCUUCUGACAAUAUUUUUGAAUAUAUAGUGUUUCGUGGUUCAGAUGUAAAAGAUUUGCACGUCUGUGAAGCUCCUGCUCAACAACAGUCGUUACCUCCUCAAGUUCCUAAUGAUCCUGCUAUUCUUGGGACUACCGCUCCUCGACCACCUAGUUUUCAGAGUUAUGCUCCUCCACCACCGAUGGGAGUACAACCACCUAAUUUCGCUGUGAGCCCGUUUUAUAUUCAACAAGUAGCUGCUGCUGCUUCAUUUCAGCAACAGCCGCAAUAUUGGCAACAACCACAUCCUCAAUCACAGCUAAAUAAUAACAUUUCAGAAUCCGCUGCCAAAGAAGCUGAACAAUCAAAGCAAUUACAGAAAGAACAUUCAGCACCUGACAAGAUUGAAGAACCUAGACCGGAAAAGCAAUCUUCAGUCAAAAACUUCGCCAAGACGGGUACGAGUUCACGGUCUACCGUUACGACUAAUAAUAGAAAUAAUGAUGCUACAGCGGAAAUACCGUCAACGUCCGCCGUCGAAAACUUGGCCAAAAAAGUUAGUGAAAUUAAUUUAACGACAACAAAAGAAACUAAUGUUGAAAAACAAGCAACUGUAAACAAUCAUGCUCGUCCUUCUGCUCCAAGUAAUAAUAGACUUCCUGGUAUGGGCGGACAUCUUUUGCAACAAAAUCGUAGAGGUGGUCGUGGCAGUCGGCGAAGUUACAACCAGAAUUAUGAUCGAAACAGGAUUCCUGUUCCUCAAUCUGAUUUCGAUUUUGAAUCUUCGAAUGCCAAGUUCAAUAAAGAAGAGAUUGUCAAGGAAGUUGUUAAAAAAAUUCAUCCAAAUGAUCAAAAAGAAGAAGAACCUGUAGAUGGACAUGAAGAAGAGGAAGAAGAAGAUAUUUUGAUACCACCUGCUGAAAGUUAUUAUGAUAGGAACAAAUCAUUUUUUGAUAAUAUUUCUUGCGAAACUAAAGAACGUUUAGAACAACAAGGUCCUGAUGGCCGUCGCAGUUUAUCUGUUGCUGAAAGACGACAAAAGCAAUCAGAAGAAAGACGUCUGAAUCUUGAAACUUUUGGACAAGUAUCAAUUGAUGGUGGAAGAUAUCGUGGAAGUUAUCGUGGUCGCGGCUAUAGAGGAAGUAGAGGAGGAUACCGUGGAAGUCGUGGCAGUGGAAGUGGCGGUUAUAGAGGAGGAUAUUCUAACAAUUUUCGAGGGAAUAAUUAUAGGCAACAAUUGCAACAACAACAAUCAUGA